AUGGGUCCCAGAUGCACAACACUUCAACUCGGUGGUAAUGUUAAUAUACCAGGCAAUGGGAACUCAGCCAUAAUAUUCAAUGGAGUGUCAUACAACCUGUCAAGCAUAGUAAACAAUGGAUUAAGUGUUAUCAUGGAAAAAUAUAGAUCUGAAUUGAUUAUCAUUCAAUUUUCUUCAAUUGUUCUAAUGACAAUAUUAUCGUGUGCAAUUAUUCUAUAUUUUUCGUUCAAAAGAGCUGGAAACAAAGACAUGAAAUCACUUGUGAAUGAGCCGGAUAUGCAAUUUGAACUCAACCAUACUAGAAUUAAAUCACAUUUACUUCAGUUUGAUGCAGUCUUACAAGAAAUUGAGAGUUUACUGCAAAAUAAUUAUCCUCUGCAAUAUUUUGCACAGCCGUUAGGAUAUAUUGAAAAUGUUUACCAUUUAGUUCGAUUAUCACCAGAUCUAUUGUCCAUUGUGAUAACAAAACUGAUCAAGAAGAAUUACGCUAGUCGGUAUCGCUAUCGCUUUUCAUUAAAUUUUUACAAGGAUAUGAAAUAG